UGACGUCACUUGCUGGGUUCCCUGUUCCUUAUGGUGUGUGCCAAUCGGGGAUGGAGGGUGUGGCUUAGCGCACCGCUGGCAGGAGCGCAAUGUCCCUGUUGUUUUCCCGUCCAAUAAUAAAAGUCAACACAAAAAAAGACAAAAGAUUCAUGGCUGAAGUUACCGCUUCCCCUCUCAAGCACUUUGUUACUGCCAAGAAGAAGAUCAAUGGUAUUUUUGACCAGCUUGCUGCGUACACGCAGGAGAGCUACAACUUUCUGGAGGAAACAUACAAGGAUGCUGAGUUGGAUCCAGUAGCCUCAGAAGAGCAGGUGUUUGAAGUUAAGGGCUAUCUGACGAAUGUUGCUGGCAUUAGUGAAGUUUUAGCCCGACGGCACAUGAAAGUGGCCUUUUUUGGCAGGACUAGCAAUGGAAAAAGUAGUGUGAUUAAUGCAAUGCUGUGGGACAAAGUCCUUCCUUCUGGCAUCGGGCACACUACCAACUGCUUUCUGCGAGUGGAAGGGACAGAUGGCAAUGAGUCUUAUCUACUUACUGGUGGAUCAGAGGAGAAAAGGAGUGUAAAGACUGUAAAUCAGCUUGCCCACGCUCUGCAUCAGGAUGACCUAUUGGAUUCUGGCUCUCUGGUCAGUGUUAUGUGGCCUAAUUCUAAAUGUCCUCUUUUAAAGGAUGACCUUGUGUUGAUGGACAGCCCUGGCAUUGAUGUAACAACAGAGUUGGAUAGCUGGAUAGAUAAGUUCUGCCUCGACGCUGAUGUGUUUGUGUUGGUUGCAAACUCAGAGUCCACGUUAAUGCAGACAGAAAAGCAGUUUUUCCACAAGGUUAAUGAGCGACUUUCUCGACCAAAUAUCUUCAUCCUGAACAAUCGAUGGGAUGCUUCUGCCUCAGAGCCAGAAUAUAUGGAAGAGGUACGUCGCCAGCACAUGGAACGUUGCACUAGUUUUUUAGUGGAUGAACUGGGAGUGCUGGAUCGAACCCAAGCUGGAGAUCGUAUAUUCUUUGUGUCAGCCAAAGAAGUUUUGAAUGCCAGGAUACAAAAAGCUCAGGGAAUGCCUGAAGGAGGUGGAGCUUUAGCUGAGGGCUUUCAAGCAAGGAUGUUUGAAUUCCAGAAUUUUGAGAGAAGAUUUGAGGAGUGUAUUUCCCAGUCAGCUGUUAAGACCAAAUUUGAGCAGCAUACGAAGAGAGCCAAGCAAAUUGCUGAAGUUUUGCGACAAAUAAUGGAGUCUGUCCAUGUUGCUGCUCAAGAGCAGAGAUGCUUAUGUUUGGAAAAACGUGAGGAGUUCAGGGAUCGUUUGGAAUUUAUUGAGAAACAACUGGAGCUUCUGACAGAGGAUUACAAAUUUAAAAUCAAACAGAUAACUGAUGAGGUAGAAAGACAGGUUUCCAACGCAAUGGCUGAAGAGAUUCGCAGACUUUCUAUUUUGGUAGAUGAGUUUCAGUUGGAUUUUCAUCCUUCAUCCGUUGUCCUUAAAGUCUACAAGAAUGAACUUCACAGACAUAUUGAAGAAGGUCUUGGAAGGAACUUGUCAGAUCGUUGCUCCAGUGUGAUUUCUGUUUCACUGCAAACUACUCAGCAGGAGAUGAUAGAAGGAAUGAUGCCUCUUCUGCCACCUACUGCAAGAACCCAAACAGAUUUAUUGGUUCCACGACAAUGCUUUAAUCUCAGCUAUGACUUAAGCUGUGAUAAACUGUGUGCAGAUUUUCAGGAAGAUGUGGAAUUUCACUUUUCUCUGGGCUGGACAAUGCUAGUGAACAGAUUCUUGGGCCCUAAAAAUGGACGGCGAGCUUUAAUGGCCUACAGUGAUCAGGUACCUCGUGCGAUGCCUUUGACACCAGUAAACCCCAGUAUGCCACCAAUGCCACAAGGCUCUAUGACUCAGGAAGAACUUAUGGUUUCCAUGGUAACUGGACUGGCUUCUUUAACUUCUCGUACUUCCAUGGGAAUACUUGUGGUAGGAGGAGUAGUUUGGAAAGCAGUAGGGUGGAGGCUCAUUGCUCUCUCUUUUGGGCUUUAUGGACUACUUUAUGUAUAUGAGCGCCUUACUUGGACCAAUAAAGCAAAGGAAAGGGCCUUUAAAAGACAGUUUGUUGAAUAUGCUGCAGAGAAACUGCAGCUAAUUGUCAGCUACACUGGUUCCAAUUGCAGCCACCAAGUUCAACAAGAGCUCUCCGGUACAUUUGCUCACUUGUGCCAGCAGGUAGAUGUGACUAGGGAAAAUCUGGAACAAGAUAUUGAUGUUCUGAAUAAGAAGAUUGAAAUCCUGGACGGUCUACAGAGUAAAGCAAAACUCUUAAGGAAUAAAGCUGGCUGGUUGGACAGCGAGCUCAAUAUGUUUACACAUCAGUACCUACAACAGAGUUGAUACUGUAAUUACAACACAGCAGAGGACAGAAAAUCUCCUUUUCACAUACCCUGUGUAAAAACUGCAGUGAUUCCAUGACAUUUCUUCUGUACUUUAUCAACGGAGACAGGAGAUGUUUCCUAAUUACAGUUAAUUUCACACAGGCUUUAAGAUAUGUUAUGUUUUGAGAUCACUGCCAUUUCUUAACUCUUGUCUGGUUCACAUGUUUUUCUGCUGUGCGUUACCAAAAGCUGCUGUGUGUCAGGUUGGAAAGGAGUCUAAGAAGGCCUGUGGGUUGAUUCAUGUUACUAGUUUGUUGCUUUGCAUCAUAUGUUUGCUAUUCAUUUGCAGCAGAAAAUCUCAAAGUAAGUGAAGAAUUGCACCUGUGAAAUAUGUGAGAGAUGUGGGGGUUAGCAGUAGCAUGUUUGUGAUCAUCCCUCCGUUUGUCACUAAAGGAGGUACCUAACUGGGUAGCAUAGAGCAAAUGUUUAGAUUUUUUAAGUAGCACUGAGAUAGCAUUAUAUUAUUAGAUGAUAUUGCAAUGUUUUAUUUGCAGUUUAAAUCCGUUAUUUCUGUGAUUAUUUAUUAUUAACCAAUUAGAUCAGCAAACUGGAGUGAAAAACAAAUGAUGCCGUUUUUGGAGCGCAUAGGCAUUUCUGGCUAUUGUAAUUGUUUUCCAGAAAGUCUGUUUGCAUCUGCUUACUGACAUAUAAACAGAUAUUUUUGGAUAGAAGAUGUAUACAUGGUGUUUUGUUGUUGCAAAAAAACCUGGUGGUAGGGGUUUUUUUUUUGUUUUUUUGAUUUUGUUAGAUUUUAAUUUAUUUUGCUGCAGGGUGAUGCCUUUGUCCAGAGCAACACAGAACCAAUGUGCUGUGGAUCUGUUAAUAUAUCCAUCAUUCUGAGAAAACUGGCCAUUAAUUAAACAAUUUAAUACGUACAUUAAAGCACUUCUGUAGUCAUCUUCCAAAAACAUUAUUUAUUCUUGUCUUUUGUCUAGCACACAAAGGACUACACUGAAAAAAAUGAAAAUGUGUUUGUGUUUAGAAAUGGUUAGUGUGCAUUACACAGUUGUGCCCAGUAGCUUUUUUUCCCCUAAAUGUAUGUAAAUCGCCAAAAAAUGUAUGAUCUAGAGCUGGUGAACAUGUUGGCUUAACUGUUUGUUCUAGCUCCAUACACACUCACCUACAGAAUCUCUUUUGGAUUAAAUGUAUAGUUCUUAUUUGGACAAUGACCACAUAGGCUGUUGAAUAUCUGCCUUGGGCUCAUAAGAAUAUUCCACACCAAUACAUCCUUUUGUUCAGUUUGUCCAUCUUCAUGGCACAAUUGAUCAUAGAUCCGAUGAGCUGAAUUUUGACAUGACCAGUGUGAUAUUACAUAUUAAAACAUCACAACAACAUAUUUCUAGUAGCUUUGAGCAGACACAAUGGCUGUAAAUGCUGAAUACAGAGGGAAUUCAUUCUAAAUGGUUAAUAUCUGUACCUUCAUAAUAGUCAGCAUUAGAACUUCAUGUCCUGAAGGAUUGUAGAGUCAUGCUGUCCUUAUAAAGGUCUCAUACCUGUCAACCUUAUUAAUUGCCAAUGCCUUUAUGUUACUAAUCCAUCCAAAACAGGGGUUCAGGUGGAAGAGUUAUGCUGAUCAUUGUUAUCAGAUGUUAGAAGUGGUUACUGUAAAGUACUCUGUGAUGGACCUAGAGAAGUAGACAUGUCUCUUCUCUGCCUGAUGCAGGUACUACGUUCUCCUGUGCCUUGUUUUUGAAAUUUACUUUCAGUGAUCUAUGAACUUCCUGUGGCUGUAAAAAAUAAAAACUGGCUACCAGUUUGGGUGCAUGUAAGUCUUUGCUUCUGAAUCUGUUAACAUAUGUGGAGGUGGAGAAAAAAAAUGUAUAAAGUUAAACUAAAACCCACAGUGGUGACUUGGGUUUUCAAAAACUUUCCUCUGUAUCUUUAGCCAUGAAAUAAUGGCUAAUGGAAAUGCACUUGCAGGCUUAAUGCUAAUGAUCUUAUAAUUUACUGUGUCAGAGCACUAAUUCAUAUAUUUGCUUGUUUAGUAUCUACUUAACUGACUGCACAACUUUGCUCUGUUCAGCUUUCCUGUUGCCAGUAGCAGAUCAUUCUUUACUUGAAAGAGGCAAAUGAACAAUCUUGAGAAUUUUUGAUGCUAGUUAAAAAUGCACUUUAUUUUAUAGAUCAUCAUAGUACUUUAUUGUUUGUGUUUUUGUUACAGGGCAUAUGUGAAUUGACUUGCAGUAUUUUCUCCUCUGUAUUCAAUGUAACAAAACAUAACAUGCAUGUCUUCUGUGCCUCUUCACAAUAAAAAAACAAAUUCUGAACA